AUGAGUGGCCUCCUGGACGCGGGGACCUGCCCGUGCCAGGGAGAGACUUCUGACUUUAAGUCUCCCCUGGGAGCCCAGCGCAGGGAACCUCUCACCGAGGCCCGGUUCCAGCAGCUGUGGGGGGACGCAGAGCCGGAGCCCCCGCGGUGCGGGGCGUGGAGGCGGCGGCCCCGAGGCUGUUCCCGGGCGGGGGUGUGGCGCUUGCUGCUGGCCCGGCUGCCCCCCCUCCGUUGGCUGCGGCUCUACCGCUGGCGGGCCUGGCUGGUCGGCGACGCGGUGGCCGGAGUGACCGUGGGCAUCGUGCAUGUACCCCAGGGCAUGGCUUUUGCCCUCCUGACCUCGGUACCUCCCGUGUUCGGGCUGUACACCUCUUUCUUCCCCGUCCUCCUGUAUAGCUUGCUGGGUACUGGGAGACACCUGUCUACGGGAACUUUCGCGGUACUCAGCCUGAUGACAGGCUCGGCCGUGGAGCGACUGGUCCCCGAACCCGUGGCGGGGAACCUGAGUGGGUCGGAGAGGGAGCAGCUGGACGCCCAGCGGGUCGGCGUGGCGGCUGCCCUGGCCUUCGGGAGCGGGGCGCUGAUGCUCGGCAUGUUCGCCCUGCGGCUCGGCGUCCUGGCCACCUUCCUGUCCGAGCCGGUGGUCAAGGCGCUGACGAGCGGGGCGGCGCUGCACGUGCUCGUGUCCCAACUGCCCAGCCUUUUGGGGUUGCCCCUGCCGCGCCAGAUCGGCUGCUUUGCUCUCUUCAAGACGCUGGUGGCCGUGCUGCAAGCGCUGCCCCAGAGCAGCCCCGCCGAGCUGACGGUCUCCGCGCUCAGCUUGGCCUUGCUGGUGCCCGUCAAGGAGCUGAACGUGAGGUUCCGCGACCGACUGCCCACCCCGAUCCCCGGCGAGAUCGUCAUGGUGCUUCUGGCUUCGGUGCUCUGUUUCACCUCUUCCCUGGACACAAGAUACAAUGUCCAGAUUGUGGGUUUGCUGCCUGAAGGAUUUCCUCAACCCCUCCUUCCCAACCUGGCGGAGCUGCCCAGGAUUCUGGCUGACUCUCUGCCCCUGGCACUGGUGACUUUUGCUGUGUCUGCAUCCCUGGCCUCUAUCUAUGCAGACAAGUAUAGCUACACUAUUGACUCCAACCAGGAGCUCUUGGCACAUGGAGUGUCCAAUCUCGUCUCCUCCCUUUUCUCUUGCUUUCCCAACUCGGCCACAUUAGCCACAACCAGUCUACUAGUGGACGCAGGAGGGAACACACAGCUGGCGGGACUUUUCUCCUGCAUUGUGGUCCUGUCAGUUCUUCUAUGGCUGGGACCCUUCUUUUACUAUUUACCUAAGGCUGUCCUGGCCUGCAUCAACAUCUCCAGCAUGCGCCAGAUGUUCUACCAGAUGCAGGAGCUUCCACAGUUGUGGCGCAUCAGUCGUGUGGAUUUUGUGAGCAAUGGCAGCACCCCAGCUGUGUGGAUGGUGACAUGGGUGGCUGUCGUGACUUUGAGUGUGGACCUUGGCCUGGCUGUGGGCAUCAUCUUCUCCAUGAUGACUGUGCUCCUGCAGGUUCCUGGGCUCUGCAUCCUCAGCUAUCCUGCCCCUCUCUACUUCGGGACCCGUGGGCAGUUUCGCCAUCUCCUUGAGUGGCAUUUGGGGCUAAGUGAUAGAGGCCAGGAGACUCUAAAGACAGAUGGCUCAGCUGAGACAGACGUUGAACCUGUCAGAGCCUUAGUCCUAGACUGCAGCGGAGUCACCUUUGCAGAUGCUGCUGGGGCCCGAGAAGUGGUACAGCUGGCCAGUCGAUGCCGAGAUGCGGGGAUCCACCUUCUCCUGGCUCACUGUAAUGCCUCGAUGCUGGAAACACUGACCCAGGCAGGACUCAGGGACAAAGUGACCCCAGAACAGCUGUUCGUGAGUGUGCAGGAUGCCGCUGCUCAUGCCCUGGAGACACUGGAGCUGACAGGCCCAAAGCCAUGCACAGCGUGGUUGUGAUCCAAUCAUACAUCAUGUAACUAAUAAAACCAAAGCUGACUGAG